AAGUGCUCAGUCUUGAACAGAGGUGAUUGCAAACCUGUAUUUCGGUUUGAGCGGUAUUAUAAAGAAAAAUGUUGAAAAAUUCAAUGUUGCUUACAGUGGCCACAUUGGUAUUCCUUUAUACAUUGGGGGGUGUAAAGUCUUUCAGCUUACCUCUGUAUCGAAAUGCUAUCGAUAAUAUUAAUGUAUACCUUUCCCAAAAUGGAUACCCGCUGGAAACCCAUCACGCUCAAACCGAAGACGGCUACAUCUUAACUUUACACCGAAUACCUCACGGCCGCAAAGAAUCCGCAUCCACUGACGACAAAGACAGGAAACCUCCAGUUUUUCUUAUGCACGGCUUAUUGUGCAGUUCGGUAGACUGGGUAAUAUUAGGGCCUGGCAAAGCGAUGGCUUUGAUGUUGGCCGACGCGGGAUACGACGUCUGGCUGGGAAAUAACAGGGGAAACACCUUUUCCCGAAACCACGUGUCCUUGGAUCCAGAUAGAGACUCGAAAACAUUCUAUAAUUACAGCUACCACGAAAUCGGAAAGUACGACCUUCCUGGAAUGAUUGACUACGUUUUGAAGUCUACUGGAUUCGCCAAAUUGACGUAUGUAGGAUAUUCAGAAGGGUUCACAUCGUUCACCGUUAUGGGGUCUAUCCGACCCGAAUACAACGACAAAAUUUUACUUAUGAACGCUUUUGCGCCUGUAACUAACAUGCAUGCCAUAACUAGUUGGCCUAUCAAUACUCUGGCUAGAUUUCCUGUACUAUUAAAGUUGGCAAAAAUGAUUGGAUGGAAUGAAAUGUUUACCAAAAGGAUUGCGGCGAAAGUAUUUAGGAACCUCUGCAGAUUGAGAUUUUUAUGCAAGUUGUUUUUCGAGGUUACUGGAUCGUCACCAGAACAAUUAGCUGAUCAUGAAUUCCUGAUGGAUAUAUUGAUCAACUUUCCAGCGGGAAUGUCUUGGAAGCAAAUCGCUCAUUAUGUCCAAGGCACCCAGUCAGGUCUGUUCAGGCCAUUUGACUACGGUUCUGUAAAGAACGUUGAAGUAUAUGGACGAAAAGAUCCCCCAGCCUACGACUUGACUAAAGUUACAGCACCAAUCAUUCUUUACUACGGUGAAUCUGAUUGUCUUAUAAACAAUGGGGAAUUACUUGGAUCAGUAGCGAAACAACUGCCAAAUGUUGUAGGACAAUUUCUUGUGCCUUAUAGCAAUUUCAAUCAUUUGGAUUUUAUUUAUGGCAAAGAAAUAUCACUUCUGAACAUCGAAGCUUUAAAGAAUAUUCAAAAAGUGAACAGAGAAAUAAGUUAGUUCUUUUACUAAUCUAUCUCUAUAUAGAUUUGACUGAUUAUGUAUUUAUAUGUAUUGUUUUAAAUAUUUAUUGGAUGUUAUUGUUUUUUUAAUUUGUAAGUGUUAUUGUUUGUAAACUAUAUUGUGUGUUUUAAUAGAUGUAAUAUAUUAUAGAUUAAGUUAUGUGUGAUCGACAAUAUCAUAAGAUUGGCAAAAAACCUUUUUAUAAAGUGUUAAAAUUGUGAUAUUUAAAGUACGUUAAUGUUGAUUUUUGUCAAUCACAUGAUAUCUUUUAUGUCAAUUAUUUCGACUAUUUGGUGGAAGUUUUGUAGAUACAAUAUGAAGUUUAAAUAUAACAAAGAAUUUUUUUUA